AUGACUACAAUUUUCUCUCCCACUGACGUACAGGACCUAGUCCGCCUGUUCCAGCCGACAGCAGUCCUCAAUAGCAGUGAACAUGACGGCCGAACCCCUCCAAUGUCACUAUUGCCCUCUCAGUCUGGUAAGGGCUUCUUAGUCUUCACUAAGGUUGUACAAGAGCUGGAACGAAAGCUCACGGAAGAAACCAAACGGAUCGAUGUCUCUACCAUCUCCCAAGAGUUGGACGUCAGCGAUGUGAUAGUGCUACGAAUCCUGAAAGAAUCGCCUUCUCAAGCUCUAUUCUCUCGAGAUAAGCGUCACAUUCUCCCGGAUAGCGAAGUACGGAGGAUGAGACAGCAACUACUGGACUCUACGAGCCGAAGACUCGUAAUCAAGUCGGCCCUCUCACACGAUAAAGACCUAUCGCCUGAAGGCAUUGAUGCGUUAGUCGCCGGGGCAGGCGGAGGUCUGCUGCAACUAGAAAACCCUCAAUCAGGAAGUGUACACCUGACAGCCGUCACGUAUCAGAGCUCGGUGGACAAUGAGAUCCACACCGCGCUCCAAACUAGUCAAACUGAAGCCAAGUCUACUAGACUACUCUCCGAGCACUUCAUUGGCACUCCACCGUUGUGGUAUAUCUUUCAGAGAGCAGAACAUAUGUCCACGGGAGAUAUAAACCUUCGCGGGAGAGUUGAGAUGACUGAAUCUGCCGUGGCCUACCAGCCAGAAACGUAUCUCGUCAGUAUGCAAGACCAUACUCUCGAGCAACUUCGCGCGGGCGCCAUAUCUCAUAGUAGUAUGGAGCAGUUCGUAGAAUUGCUACCUGAGUUGUACAAUGACGUAUCAAGCGUUCGGACAUACUUCCAGACAGUUCUGGGCGAUUUCGGAUCGUUCGAAUCCAAAUACGCAAUCUCCCAGACAUGGCUGGAAGCAAAUCGCAAUAAUGAAGUGCAAAAGCUGGUCGUCGAUGGAUACUCAUAUGUGGCGUCCUCCAUCAAAGAGAAUUUCCCUAAAGAGCUUCAAGCGGGCAUUCUAGCGACCGAGACAGAGGGAGUAAUCUCAUUGAUUGGAGAACCUCCGAAUGCCACGAAAGUAACUGCGGUCAAGCAGUACCUAAUUCGAGAUGACUACCUGCAGGAACUCACCGAGUGCAUCCUCAACGCAUCUCGGGAGCAAGCAAAGACUCAAUGGGCGCGACUUGAACAAGAUGCCGGGCAAGAGUGCUCGCUAGUAGACUCGGGUAUCUUCGAAGAGUUCUCAAAAGGUGCGAAGACCCAGGACGACGUCACAGUUCUGAAAGCCGUGUUUGAGAAGAACGAAGCACAGGCCAAGGCGGUUUUUGCGGAGCAAAUUGCGACUCUAGAAUCAGAGAAUGAGACAGAGUUCGCACUUUUCUGGUCAGACAGAGUCCUUGCACGCCUUCACGUCUACAGAACCAGCGCGGAUGCGAUCGUAGACCCCAAGCUUAGAGGCCAACUACUGGAACUCUUACAGACCCACCUUGUCAAAGAGCUAAUCCCAGAGUCACUCACUCGAGCUCAAACCAGGGGCCUAAUCCGGAGCAAGAAGACGAAGAAGAACACGUCAAAGUUCACUACAGCAGUCAGAUCUGCAUCAAACCUACCCGCCAUCUCAUCUUCUCUAGACAAAUUCGCGAAGAAACAAGGCAUCGACGGCCCGACCCCAGAAGUUCUUGCAGAAAAGAAGUCAAGCCAGCUGAAAGAGCUGAUCCGCGGCAUGAAGAAAGACGCAGACGGACCUCGCCUCUUCCUGACGCUCGUGGUGGUGCUGCUGGCCAAUCGACAGGCAGGCAUCGUGUAUGUGACUGGUAAGUUUGCGCCGAAGCUCAUGAAGCUGCUGAAGGAGUCGAUGAGUGGCGAGGAAUACGAGCAGCUGGAUAAGUGGAAGGAUGCGGUAAAGGCGGGGAGCUUGACAGCUGAAGAUAAGGCGCAGAUGAGAGCGUUGGCGGCAGAGUAACGGGGAGCUGAGAUUGAUUGUGUGCCGGAGGGCCGGAGGGGAGCGCCCUCAUGUGUAUUCCGGCGUCGUGAUGGGUGUGAGUUGAUGCACCCCAAUUCCAAUAACUUAACAGCUCCAGAUUUUCAAUUAUGCUGCUACCGGGAGUGGUCCCAUGUGGGCUAGACUGGUGACUGCAUGGUGAUGAGGAAUGAUCGUAUCCGAGUAAUACUGUCACCAUAUGUGAUAUUUCCGACCACGUGAGGUAAGAAUUUGGAGGACAAUAGAUGCCGAUUCUAUGUAGGAAUCUAGCCAGCCUAUAUACUUGUAGGAGAGCCCCGUGCAGGCCUAACAUAC